CCUCUUAAGACCGGAACAGAAGUUAGCGCAAUCGAGAGACUUACCCCAUGCGUAUUUAGAGUGAAGACGCUGAGGGAGGGGGAAUAUAACAAGCGAACGUUGAUCAAAGGAUAUCGUUUGUACAGUGAUGGGUCAAUAGUUUGAUGUAUAAAUGUUUAUAACAGCAAAAACGUUUGUCCGCAAGCGCAUGUGUUAAAGUGUUUGUAUAAUUAUGGUUACCGACAGAACAUAUAACAAUAAUUCAUGGCAUACACUAAUAUUUCAGAGGUGUGCUAAUAUUUUUUCAGACCAUUACUUGAUUUUGUAGAUAAGCGUCGCAUGUCAGAUGACUUAAAUCAUGUAGCUAGAUCCUAAGCUGUACAUAUCCCAAUCAAUUCAAAAUGUGUUGUACAUAUAUUUGAGAAUAGUUGACUUUCUUCAUAAUAAAUUUUUGACCAUUAGGCAGAGGGUUUUCUUUUGUUUUUGAUAUUCAUGCUUUCUACAGGCUGGAUUGCUGUCUAAAACAAAUACAACUAGGACAUACAGACUGAAAGUUUCUUACCAAGCUCAUUUAUCACUAAGUUUCAACAAAAGUUUGAUUCAAAACCAUCAAUUGAGUAAAGCGCUCUAGUUAUUGUCCUUUAUCUCCUACUCCUCACCAUCAUUAUUUGUUAGCAAAUAUUAGCAGUUUAGAUAAGAACAGGUUACAAUAUUCAGGCUAAGAACAGGCACAACAGACUAAAACACCACCUGAAUAGACUACUCCAUCUCUGACAUAACUUCUGUGCUCAUGUGGAGAAGUAGAGCAGACUGUAGAACACAUGCUGCAGGACUGCAAAAAGAGUCCAGUCCAAUAGAAUUAUUCAGAACAAGCCCUCUACAGUUCAAACUGCAUGGAGCUCUGGAACAGGUGACAGAUGUUUGCUGGGCAGCAGUGUAAAAGAGGCCCUUGGGUGGAGGAGAAGACCUUGGGCUCUGGUGGCUUUGGAACUGUAGUUCUGUGGAAGAAUGAAGAUACUGGGGACCAGAUAGCACUGAAGCGAUGCAGGGUGCAAAAUGAGAUGACACCCAAAAAUAGGCAUCGCUGGCAGAUGGAAGUGGACAUCAUGAAGCGAUUGCAUCAUGACAAUGUGGUAGUGGCCCUUGAAGUACCACCUGAACUAAAUGUUUCAAAAGAUGAGCUCCCUUUGCUUGCAAUGGAAUAUUGUUCUCGUGGUGAUCUUCGCAAAGCUUUGAAUCUGGAAGAAAACUGUUGUGGUAUGCAGGAAUAUGAAAUCCGCUGUUUAACUGCAGGGGUAGCAUCUGCUCUUGAAUAUCUUCAUAAUAAAAGAAUAAUCCACCGUGAUCUCAAACCAGAAAAUAUAGUUUUACAACAAGUUGAUGAUGUGAUUGUUUACAAACUUAUUGAUCUUGGUUAUGCCAAAGAGCUAGACCAGGGAAGCAUUUGCACAUCAUUUGUUGGAACUCUACAGUAUUUGGCACCAGAGUUGUUUGCAAGCAAACAAUAUUCACAAACUGUAGACUAUUGGUCUUUUGGAACUGUUGUCUUUGAAUGCAUCACUGGAAUUCGUCCAUUUCUACCUAAUGUUCCUCCUGUUCAGUGGCAUCAGAAGGUCUGUGGCAAAUCUCCAGAUGAUAUUUGCGCCUUCAUUGAUGGGAAUAAUGACGUUCAGUUUUCAAAACAUAUUCAGUGGCCCAAUCAUCUUUGUCGAACAAUGAAGACCUACAUGGAGCAAUGGUUACGACUAAUGCUGCGAUGGGAUCCAAGGGCUCGUGGUGGAGGUUUGGUUCCAGACAACACUGGUCGACCAAGAUGUUUUGUGAUGUUGGAGCAUAUUCUCGCACUGAAGAUUGUUCAUGUCCUGAAUGUGGAAUCAAACCAAUUGCUAGCUUAUCCUCUGAAGGAAGAGAACACAUUGGCAUACCUUCAACAACUGCUGGAACUAGAGACUAAGAUACCUAUUGCUGAACAGGAUAUAUUGCUGGCAAGUGGCAUCUCACCUGAACCACACCAGUCUUCCAUGCAGUGCUGGUCAGAGCCAAGUUCAGAGGAAUGGGUUGUGUUCCUGUUCCGAAAAGCGGGAUCAGCUGGCACUCCUCGCAGACCCAAACAGUUGCCUCACAUGCUUCAGUGCAUUGUCAAAGAACCAAAGACACUCCUUCCAUUCAAUGAUCAAAGAACAGCAUGGGCACAAGCAGUCUUUUUCUGCCAAGAACAGAACAAAGAUUUAAAACGGCUGAUUUUAAGCCAGAGAGCUGCCAUGUUAAAUCUGCUGAGAAUCAAUUCCAACUUUGCAAAACUCAAAGCAAGGAUGAUGAACGAAAUGGAAAAGUUGAUGGCCAGGAAAGAUCACUUCAAAGAAAGCUUGGAGUUUGACAUUCAACAGUAUAAUGAUCAGGCUAAUGGUGGUGUCACAUCAGAGAGAAUGUUCAGCAAGUGGACAAAAAUGGGAGAAGACAUUGAAAAGUACUUACAGCUGAAGGAGCGAAUAAGCCAGGUGGAUCAGAAGUCUGGGGCCCUAAUGACCAAAAUUGUGGAGCUUCAGAAAAGUCCUUUCGGAAAGUCGCGUCAAAAUGAGACUCUUGCAGAGGUUGAAGCCAGAGCUAAAGGUUUAUACCAGGAAUUAAGGCAAACUCCUAAAGAGCAUCGUGCUAGUAACAUGAUGGAGCACACUAACAUGGUACAGUUAGUCGUACGUUGCGUUCUGGAUCAAGAAAAGGCUAUGACAGACCUCUAUGUCCACCUGAGUAAAGUGAUGGAGUGUCGACAAGAGCUUCAGCGCAUCAUACCUGAAUUACAGAGCUGUUGCGAGGAGAUCUCUGCAGCAGGACGACAGUUGACAGCUCAUCAGCGCAGUCGGCAGCAAGACAUUUGGAUGCUGGUGAAAGUGGCACUGAAGCAGGCAAAGCCAAGGAUGUCACGAUCCAACUCGAGUAACAGUCCACUGAACAGCUCAGGACUUUCUACUGGCCCAGUAAGUUUAUCCUCGGUGGCUUCAGACUUGGGAUCUGGCAGUCAUGUGUCUCUGCGGCUUAUGGAGGAAUCACGUUUGAUAAAUAAGGGGGUGAAAGAUGUCAUGUCAGGCCUUCUCAAGGAGCAGGAAGACUUGUGUUCACUCAUGACUGAGAUGGAUGAGCUGAAUUUAGAUAUCCUAAUGACUGGGCCUGCCACCACCUCCACCAUUACCACCACUGCAAGCAUGCCGUCUCAGUCAAAAUCAGCCCUGGCAAUAUCAAAUACCGCUACUCACACAACAAAUGUACAUAUGUCACCUCACAACAUAUGGAAUGCAAGAAUUUCUACUGCAGGAGGAAAUGGCUAACAGAAAUGUUGGAUUUCCAAGGUUACAAUAGCCACAGGCAGCUUUACCUGUUGAAAGUAGUCAGGGUUCACAAGCUUUUGUUAUUAAGUACUUGUGACAAGCUUUGCACCUAGAAAGUGGGAAUGUGCCUGCUGUCAUGGCUUCUAAUCUACAAAGCUAUAAAAUUGGUUUAGUCCUUGCUACUCCUUGAGGAGCAUAGGGCCGCAACAAAACUAUAAAAUUACUAAUGUUUAACAAACAGCAGGCAAUGGUCCAUGAUAUGUGAUAUAAUAUGAACUACUGUGUUAUUUCCUUGAAGUGAUAUGUCAGUGAUAAAACUGUCAUUCCAAAUGGGAUGAAAACACAAAAAGGCAUCUUUCAAGGACCCAGAAAGGAAAAUACAGUGGUACAUUGGCACUCAAACCGCUUCAAGCUCAAACAUUUAGGUCCUCCACCAAUAUUUUCAAGAGAAUUGCUUUGGUGUUUGACCACUUGCUCGGCACUUAACCGUGGUACUGAAACCUGCACGAGACGUCACACUUUGGUGUAAAACAAAGGGGAAAGCAUCACUUCGCAUGUCAAAUUCAAACAGUAGAGACCUGUCCUGGUGAUGUAUUCAUGACUUCAUGUUGUUGUUUUUUUUUUUUUUUGUUUCGUUUGUUUUAUUUUUGGAGGGGUAGGGGUUAUUUAUAUAUAUAGUCACGAAGAAACCUUCUACUGCUAGAAAGUUAAGGAAAAAGGAAAACAACAAGAAUAACAAUUGAGAAAAGUUGCCACAGAGUGGCUAAAUUAGCUGUUCAGUAUGGCAUGUUUAAGUUGAUAUCAACAAUACUGAAACAUAAAGGGGCCAUUGAAACAGCAGAUGUAGUGAAAGAAGUAAAAGCUGUAAAAGAGCAAAGUUAUCAAAUAAUUGAGAGGUUAUUACUGAUGUGGAUAAAUGAAAAACAGCUGGAAACUUUUUUUUUGGUCCAUCUUUUUACAUAUGCUGUACUCUAAAGCACUGUAGAUAAUACAAGGUAGUUAUAGCUAUUGGUCAAUGCCAGAACCAAUUAAAACACAUUUACAUUAUUUCUUAACUGAUAACUGAUCCGCACUUGACCAGCCUUCCAGAAUGGAAGUCAAGUGCUGAAGUACCACUGUACAAGACUUGCCUCAUGUCUAGCUAAACAGUUCAUUAGCAAAGUUUGUGGUUUUGAAUAGGUGUCCACUAAAAUUCAGGAGCUUAAGUAGUAGUGAUGUGCACCUCUGAUGUAUUUGAUGCCAUUUCCUAUAUUUACAAAAGGGGCAGACAAAAACAAACAUAUCCACCACAUGCAUAAGUACAUUACUAUACUCAUGCACUCAUCGUAAGAUAUUUUCCCUCAUCUUGUAAUUGGCAUUUCAAAUUUCUUGUUAUAAAGCCAUGUUCAUUUAUAUCUGGGUAUGCUUUAUCACAAAUAGCAAAAUAUUUUUUUCUGGUGAAAAACACCUUGUAAAAUUAGAUUCUUCAAGCCGGUGAUAGUUUUUAAAACUCCUUUGAUACCAGUCCUUUUGAGCUUCUGUUACUAACAAUUUCUGAUUGCUACUUAUAAAACAGCAAAAUGUAUUACUAUGAGCACUGCAAAAAAAAAAAAAAUUAAUGACUAGGUAGUAAUACCAUUUAACACAAUCACUAACUUACAAAACCAAAAUCUGUUAGGGAAAUAUUAAUGGAUAGUGUAACCUGGAGUAAUGCAUAUAUACUUACGCUACUUCACCAGACAGAAAGUAGUUCUGAAGGUGUUUUAUACCUUUUUUUAUCAUUGCUUUUAUUUUCCUUUUGAUGUGGAAGAUUUGCAGUUGGUUAGAAGAGGUUGCUACAGAAACUUAGAACCAGCUAUUAUGUAUAGUCCCAUAACUUACAAAUUUUGCACGCAACCCACGAAAAGUUCAUUGCCUUUUCUUUUGUCAAUAAAAACUCCUUAGAUUGUGCAUAGGAUAUUUUUUAAAAAGUGAGCAUUAUUCUUACCAAAUUUCCAGGGAUUUUUUAAAGUGACGUGAUCAUUGUCUGUGUAUUGGCUAAAUAUAUGUAAGCACAAAAGAGAAUUAAGUUCUGAACGUGAUUCAGUGCCAUAUUUUGAAUUUUAUACACUUUGUUUUCUUCGGUGUUAUAUUGUGUAAAUUGUGUCCUUAAAUGCCAUCUCGUCUUUGAGGAUGAGUCAUACAUAUCACAGCAUACAAAAAGGUACAACAAUUUUAAAUUAACAUGAUGUCUCAUAGACACUGCCAAAUAUGUUUUAUCCAGUACAGGGCUUCUGCUUACGCAAAAAAUUGCGUACAGUACGCAUUAAAAGUUCGGAGGACCCCUUCAAUUUUCGUCAAUGGGGUCCCCUUCAAAUUUGGGCAAAGAACAGGGACCCCUUAAAAAAUCUGAAGAAGGGGUCCCUGGGACCCCAAAGAAUUUAGCCUUAGUAGAAGCCCUGCAGUACGUAACCAGAAUUAUUCAACUGGGAUCUCUUACUGCAGAAAGUCACAUUCUAGAUCAUGCUACAGAUUUCAGAGGGUUUGGGUGAGUUUUUAAGGUUGUGGCAAAGGUUUAAUGACAAGGAUGACAACCUGUAGAGAAUUCUAUUCCAGCUAUCUAAUUAAACUUUGUCUCGAAUAAAUGAGCAAAGAGGCGAGAGCUAGUCUAUAAACUAGCUCUAGCUGAGAAAUGGGACAGAUUGUGAGGGCAGUCCAGUGGCUCAAGUUACUUCCACCAAGACUGACCAAAAGUCACGCUAUUCACAGAACAUGUAGUCAUGUCACAGCUCUGCAAAUGUAGCAAUCACCAGCUGUUUGGAAAAAAGUUCUUGGGAGUAAUGGAAUAAAGUUAAAGCUGGUGCUCUUACACCAGUCAUACAAAUACAUUAGCCAGUUUGGCCAAGGUGACACUUGUGGACAACACUCUAUGCCCCCCUCUUUUUUUUUUUUUUUGAUUUCCUCAGCAUGACUGCUUCACUUAGCUAUUGCCAGAAGUUGGGAGUCAUUCUGCGUAAGAUUUUUUGCCUGACCUGUUAAACAUCUUUGACACACUUUCUUUAAAUCUGAAUAUUGUGGCAAGGCAUGACACAUUUUCGAGAUCUGUGGUCAGUAGAUGAUAAAAAAUGUAUACAAAGUUGUGCUUGUCUACUCAUUAAAGCUGAACCAUGUCCCCUCCCCCCCAACUCCAUUCUAACAUCUUUCUCACAUCGAAAUCGCCACUACCACCACUUGGUCACAUGUAGAUUGUUAGUCUUUUGUAUGGCUUUGUACAGGAGGUACAUCAAGAAAAUGGCAGAAACUGGAUAUUUGAGAUAAUUUCAUCUGUUAACAUUUUCAUUGUCAGAUAUAAAGGUCAGUUUUUAAAAUAAAAAAUGAAGCCUCAAGAGACAUCUAUGGUGUAUACAGUUCAUUUUAAUUAUAAUUAUGCAAGCUCCUUUGAUACUUUCUUUGUUAAUUUGAUGUUGGUUUUGCUUAACCAUGCAUACAUUAAUGUUCCAAUGGAAUGAGUAUAUUGAGACAUGACCCAAAUUACAAUAUGUUUGUUGGGAAGAUAAUUUUCUUUUCUCCUUGGGCAGGAUUGGAAUAAGUCACUAUUAGCAUCCUUCUGAAAAGAUGAUGACCAGUUAACUGUGAAAUGAACAGUUUCUCUAAACUUGAACAAAAUUUAAUCUUGGCAAUUGUUAUAGCAAAACGUUUGAAGAAAUGUUCCUGUGAAUGUAGCCAUUUCAAAAUACUUUUCAUUGCUUGUAAGUUUUGGUUAGAAAUCGAGAUGUUGAUCAGCUUUAAAAAAUUGCAAGACUUAACUAGGCAUGUUGUUAUAAGGAAAUGAGAUGACAUUUUUUAAAACUCAAGGACUUUACCACUUGAAUGUCAGUCUUCUUGUUUGUAACUACUCAAAUAAUGAAAUUAAAUGUAAUUAUCAGA